AUGGCAGCGCCAGUGACAUUGCCCGCAAUGCAAGAUCAUUAUAGUCAACAUCAGUACCAGCGAGGCACACAGCCGCCUCCGGACCCACGGGUCGACCCUCGCGUUGAGUCUCGCCCCGGCAAUUAUGCCGCUUCACCAAAUUCCGCGAAUGGGUAUCCCCCGCCGCCUCCGUCGGCCGGUCCCCCGACCCAGCUACCUCCACUACAGCCCCCCGGUCCAAGGUCCCCAUCGUACUCUACCCCCGACCCAAGGGACAAUUAUUACCAGGGCCGUCAACCAGCCACUCACUAUUCUGAAGCCUAUCCGCCAGAUUAUCAUCGUCAGGCUGGUCCCCCUCCCCCGCCACCAGCACGCUAUCCCGAGUAUGGCCAGCCAGCACCUACCCCGGGUCCGAGGUACGACUACCCGCCCCACGCUCCGCCUCCUCGGUGGGAAUAUGCCCAGAAUCCGGUUCCGAUGCCGCAAGCUGCCCCAAGGCAGCGGACGUCCAUUGCCUGCAGAUAUUGCCGGAAAAGAAAGAUCCGCUGCAGUGGGUACCAAAGCGCGCCCGGCGGGAAGUGCGUGAAUUGCAGUAGGAUGAAUCAAGAGUGCAUUUUUCAACCGGUAUCGUCAUCCAGCUCAACGGCUUUUAUUCCGGUGUCGGCCGUUCCUGGUGGCGUACCGCCAGGCACGCCUUUAUAUGGGGCAUAUGGCCAGCCACUCCAUCCUGGUUCUCUUCCACCCGCUGGACCCCAAGCCCAGCCGCCGCAGCCGCCGCCACAGCAACCGCCUCAACCGCAAGCUCAACCCCAGCCCUAUUCUCAAGGAGGAAACGGCUAUUAUCAACAGAUUUCUCCGUCUCCAACGAACGCCUACCCUCCUUACGAUGCUCAGCGAGGUGUGGCUAGGCGUCGGCCUAGGGAACCUGAGGAGGGUGGCGACGAUCUUCGCUUACCUCCACCCGAUCCCACUGGGGAUGAUCCGCGACGAAGAUCACCAGCCGCGUCUAGUUCAAAUCACAGCAGCCCUGGGGGGUAUAUGUCCUAUCCUCCUGGCCAGCCUGUGCCGUACGGAGGCCAUGCGCGGCACAGCCCGGGACAGACUCCGCUAGCUCCUUUGUCAGCCACGAGUGAUGACCGCCACGCCCCGUCGGCUCAGCGCCACAGCAACUCGUCGACGCCUGUUGCUCCCUCUACGAGCUCGGUCAUGAGCCUCAACAACCUUGUCGACAACCCAUCCGACAUUGACAAGAACAUGCUCGGCCGACUCAAUCGGGGUCCAGCGUCUGGGGCUCGGCGCUGA